AAGGCGGUGUGCUGUAUCUCGCCAGGCACCAGGAGCAAAGGGAAGCAGCAACAAACCUGCAAGCAAGCUAACAACAGCACCAGGGAGAAGUAAGGGAAGGAGGGUUACGCAGGGAAAAGUCUGGGUUUUGUGUACGGGAUAAUCGGAUUGGAGUUGAGAAUAUACCGAUCUCACACAUACCUCAGCGCGUGCUGCGGCAUCCACCACAGCAGCCGCCACCAACUUCACCACCUCGCCCUCGACAUCCACAUUCUCUACACCACCGAAGGCGCGCCCUGGAGAGGCUGCUAUACACAAACCGAUACACACACGACACCCCUUACAAACAUACAAUGCGCACCUCCCGCAUCUCCCAAGACACCACCCGUGCCCUCAACGCCACCACCUCCGCGGCACACCCCCCCCGAAGCACGCGCCUCACGCGCUCCGCACUCGCGCAGUUCUCACUCAAUGCCGGGUCUGCUACGGGCACGUCGAUAGGAGGGGGAGGGGAUAUCGAGGAUGCGAUCCCAGCCGGUGGGGAAGGGAAAAGGAAACGGGCCGGUGUGGCUACGGCUGCGGGAAGUGGGGGUGUGAAGAAAGAGGACGAUGCGGGUAAUAAGGCGGCGUGGAGAGGGAAGCAAGAAGAUGCGUCGGACUCGGAGUUAUCGUCUGCGCCGUCGAGUCGCGCGGUCACCCCGCCGGUGAGGAAUGCAAGGAGGCAGCCUGUGAAGCGGAUUAAGCGCUCCCCUCCGCCCACCGCUGGCUCCGCGGUAGGUCCCGAGAACUGGGAACGCAUCUACGAUCUCGUUAUGAAGAUGCGGACUGAAGGUGGGGUAGCGGCCGAUGCAGCGGUGGACACGAUGGGGUGCCAUACCCUCGCGCAACCUGAUGCCUCGCCGCGGGACCAGCGGUUCCAGACGCUGGUGUCGCUGAUGAUGUCGAGUCAGACGAAGGAUACGACGAAUUACGUUGUGAUGCAGAAGCUUUACAAUGAGCUGCCCUCUGCGACACCGGGGGGAAGUCCGGGGUUGAAUUUGGAGAAUAUACUCGCUGUGCCUGCGGAGAGACUGAAUGAGUUGAUCUGGGCGGUGGGGUUCCAUAAUAAUAAGACGCGGUAUAUUAAGGGAGCUGCGGAGAUACUGCGGGAUGAGCAUGGGGGGGAUAUUCCGGACACGGCGGAGGGGUUGAUGGCGUUGCCGGGGGUGGGACCGAAGAUGGCGUAUUUGUGUCUCUCGGCUGCGUGGGGACGGGUGGAGGGGAUAGGGGUUGAUGUGCAUGUGCAUCGGAUUACGAAUCUGUGGGGGUGGCAUGGGAGAGGGGGCACGAAGGGGCCGGAGGAGACGAGGGUGAGGCUGGAGGGGUGGGUGCCGAGGGAGAAGUGGGCGGAGAUUAAUUGGUUGCUGGUUGGGUUCGGGCAGACGAUUUGUAUGAGUGAGAGGGGGAGGAGGAGGUGUGGGGAGUGUGAGGUUGGGUUGGAGGGGUUGUGUGCGGCGGCGGAUGGGGUGAAGGUUAGGGUGGGGAGGGAGAGGAGGAAGAGGGAGGAGAGGGAGAGGUUGAAUGUUGAGUUUGAGGGGGAGGAGGAGGGGGAAGAGGAGGAGGGGAAGAAGGAAGGGAAGAAGGAGAGGAUGGAGGAGGAGAAGAAGGGGGGGAAGAAGGAGGGGAAGAAGGAGGGGAAGAAGGAGGGGAAGAAGGAGGGGAAGAAGGAGGGGAAGGUGGAGAAGAAGGAGGUGAAUGGUAUCAAGGAAGAGGUGGCUAAGGAGGAGGUGUUGGAAACAGUUGAGAAGAAGGAGGAGGAAACUGAGACUAACGGUAUCAAGGAAGAAGUGAUAAAUGGAGUUCAGAUCAAGGGGCAGGAUGAAGAAGCGGAGAAGAAGGUUAUCAAGGAAGAGUCCAGGGACUGAAAUGGCUGAGCAUCCGAAGCGGAAUUUGUGUUAUUUUGUAUGAGAACGGCUAAUAAAUACAAUGAAAGAGCCUUAAUUUCCUUUCAAUUUUGUUAUAAUAAACCUAGG